AUGGACGAGACGAUGAAGUGCAUUCCCGAGGUGUCAGAGGCCGACGUGGAGGUGCUCCGGGGGGCCGGCUUUGGCGCCUCGCGCUACGGUGAGGUCCUCCUCGCGCGCUUUAAGGACGACAAUCAUCACCGUCAAAAUCAUCACCACCACAACCACAACCGAUCCUGGAACCAUCGCACCGGUAAUGAGGUGUCAUCGUCGGAAACGGAGUGCGGAAACGACAGCAGAGAUAAGAGCUCCUCUUCGGCUUGCUCCGGAACCGAUGAGACGCUGGUGGUGCUGAAGACGCUGGAGAAGGAGAAGCUGCGACCGGAGUUUCUCCACGAGAUGAAGUCCAAGUGGUUCAUCAGCGCCAAGAGUGAGCGGGUGGCGAAGCUCAUCGGCUACCUCUCCGUUGGUGGUGGUGGUGGUGGCCAGCAGAGCGCCCCCAAAAGCAUGGCCAUGGUCCUCGAGUGCGGCAACUGUGAUCUGGCGCACUACCUUCGCACUUGUGAUAAGAAGGUCGUUGGACUGCCCACCCUGCUGCAUAUUGGCGCCGAGGUGGCCGCCGGCAUGAAGUACCUGGAGACGCUCGGUUACGUGCACCGCGACCUGGCCGCCCGCAACUGCAUCAUCUACACCGCCAGUCUGCAGGUGAAGAUCACCGACAUUGCGGCGCUGGUGGCCGGCAACGCCCCUGACUACUGCAACGGCGUGGCCAUUCGCUGGGCGGCCCCUGAGGCCCUCCUCAACGGCGCCUACUCCACCAAGAGUGACGUCUACUCCUACGGCGUCACCCUCUGGGAGGUGCUCACCUACGGGCUGAUCAGGCCGCACCCGGCGGAGGCCACUGAUGAGGAGUACCUGGGCAAGGUGAUCACCGCCUAUGAGGCGUACGUCCACGACUGUGCUGCCACG